ACCGCCUGCCUCCUUCCUCAUUCCCCAUCGCGGCGUCGCCGAUUCGCCACCCUCCUCUCCAAGGCUCUUACCCGUCAAAUACCCCUCCUCCCCACCCCUCUCCUUCCACACCACCGCUCCGCCGCCGCCUCCUCCGUACCUACCCCCUGUUCCUCCACCCCGCCCCACCUCCAUCCCCCCUUACCGCCACUCGCUCCUACCCCAUCCGCCGCCUACACCACCGACGGAGGGCUCCGCAACCCUAGGUUUACCCCUCCAGCCCCGCCGCCGCAUGCAACCCUCCACCGAUUGCCGCCGCGGAGGCGGCCCGGUCGCGGCCCCAUCCUCCCGCCCCGUGUGGCGGCCCCGCUCGUCUGCCCCCGCCCCCACCGCGGGCCCGGACGCCGCCGCCCCUAUCCUGCCCCUCCCCACCCCGGCCUCGGAGGCCCGGCCGCCGAACCGCCGCCCGCGCCGCCCGAACCACAGAAACGCGAACAGCAAUCGCGGCGGCGCCCCUCCGGGGCCGCAGGAGCACAACAACAACAACACGGGCCACCGUCGCCGCGGCCCGCCGCAGGAGAGGCCAGCUCCCGCGGCGCCUAGUAACGCGCGUGCGCAGGCGCCGUCCCCAGCUCCUGCGCCCAAGGCGGUUGGGGGCGAUGGGACGGUGCCGCAGCUGGUGCAGGAGAUCCAGGACAAGCUGGCGCGGGGCGCGGUGGAGUGCAUGAUCUGCUACGACAUGGUGCGGAGGUCGGCCCCCGUAUGGUCCUGCGGCAGCUGCUUCUCCAUCUUCCACCUCCCCUGCAUCCGCAAGUGGGCGCGCUCCCCGGCCUCCGCCGUCGACGGCUCCGCAGAGUCCGCCGCGGCCUCCUCCUGGCGCUGCCCUGGGUGCCAGUCCGUGCACGCCACCCCGGCCCGCGACCUCGCCUACACCUGCUUCUGCGGGCGCCUCCGUGACCCCCCCAACGAUCUCUUCCUCACGCCCCACUCCUGCGGUGAGCUCUGCUCCAAGCCUCUCGAGAGGGCGGAAACGAGCGCCAAGGGUCAUGAUGGUGCCGCCACCAGGUGCCCGCACGUCUGCGUCCUGCAGUGCCAUCCUGGCCCAUGUCCGCCCUGCAAAGCUUUCGCGCCAGACCGGCCGUGCCCCUGCGGGAAACAGACUAUCGUGCGGAGAUGCGCGGACCGGAGCACCCCCGUGACCUGUGGCCGGCACUGCGAGCGGUUGCUGCCCUGCAGAAGGCACCGCUGUGAGAAGGUCUGCCACACCGGUCCCUGUGGGGAUUGCUCUGUUGUCAUCUCUGCACGAUGCUUCUGCGGGAAGAAAAAAGAGACGUUGCUCUGUGGGGACAUGGUGGUGAAGGGGAAGCUGUCGGAGGAGGAUGGUGUGUUCUCAUGCAGUGAGGUGUGUGGCCACACCCUCGCCUGUGGGUAUCAUGCCUGCCAGGAUAUGUGCCAUCCAGGGCCUUGCGGGGAGUGUGAGCUCACGCCAGGGAAGGUCACUACAUGCCAUUGUGGCAAGACAAGGCUGGAGGCGAUGAGGGCAAACUGCUUGGACCCAAUCCCGACCUGUGACAAGAUCUGCGAUAAGGAAUUGCCUUGUGGGGUGCAUAGGUGCAAGGUCAAUUGCCAUGAGGGAGAGUGCCCGCCUUGCUUGGUGCGUGUCGAGCAGAGGUGCCGCUGUAGCUCUUCAGGCCGGAUGGUGGAGUGCUACAAGGUCUCAAUGGAAGAGUUCCACUGUAACAAGCCUUGUGGUCGCAAGAAGAACUGUGGGAGGCAUCGGUGCAGUGAGUGUUGUUGCCCACUGUCGGGGAAGUUCGCACAGCUUGAAGGUGGUAACUGGGAUCCCCAUCUCUGCCAGAUAUCAUGUGCCAAGAAGCUCCGGUGUGGGCAGCAUGUAUGCCAGCUGCUCUGCCACAGUGGUCACUGCCCGCCCUGCUUGGAGACCAUAUUCACUGAUCUCACUUGUGCCUGUGGCAGAACUUCUAUCCCGCCACCGCUGCCUUGUGGCACACCAACUCCAUCAUGCCCGCAUCAGUGCUCAGUCCCCCAGCCGUGCGGUCAUCCAGCCUCACAUUCAUGCCAUUUUGGGGACUGCCCGCCUUGCGUUGUGCCAGUAAUGAGAGAAUGCAUUGGGGGACAUGUGAUGUUGAGGAACAUCCCUUGUGGAUCAAAGGAUAUCAGGUGCAACCAACCAUGUGGGAAGAACCGGCAAUGUGGAUUACAUGCUUGCACCAGGACUUGCCAUCCUUCCCCCUGUGAUCAGCCACCUUCAAAUGGAGAUGCUAGCUCAAGCUCUGGGGUUAAAGCUUCUUGUGGACAGGUAUGUGGUGCCCCAAGGAGGGAAUGUAAGCACACGUGCACUGCCCCAUGCCACCCAUCGUCACCUUGCCCAGAUUUGAGAUGUGAAUUCCCUGUGACUAUUACCUGUUCUUGUGGCCGUAUCACUGCAACUGUUCCCUGCGGUGCUGGGGGAACCUCCAUUGGUGAUAAUAUGUUUGAAGUCUCCAUCAUACAGAAGUUGCCAAUGCCUCUCCAGCCAGUGGAAUCAAAUGGGAGGAGGGUGCCUCUUGGGCAGAGGAAGCUUUCUUGUGAUGAGGAGUGUGCAAAGAUGGAGAAGAAGAGGGUCCUUGCUGAAGCAUUUGACAUUACCCCACCCAAUUUGGAUGCAUUGUAUUUCGGUGAGAACUCAAAUGCAUCAGAUUUGGUUUCUGAUCUGUUCCGACGUGAGCCGAAGUGGGUGAUGGCCAUAGAAGAGAGGUGCAAGUUCCUUGUACUUGGGAAAACGAGAGGCAAUUCUUCAAGCAACCUCAAACUGCAUAUCUUUUGUCACAUGAUGAAGGACAAGAGAGAUGCUAUCAGGCUCAUUGCAGAUAGGUGGAAGCUUUCUGUUCAGGCGGCUGGUUGGGAGCCUAAGCGUUUUGUUACCAUCCAUGUCACACCCAAGUCGAAACCGCCUGCCCGCAUCCUGGGCUCCAAGGCAGGCGCCCCUGUCACUGCUGCCCAUCCUUACUUUGAUCCGCUGGUUGACAUGGAUCCGAGGCUGGUUGUUGCCAUGCUGGACCUGCCACGGGAGGCUGAUGUUAAUGCCCUUGUCCUAAGGUUUGGUGGAGAGUGUGAAUUGGUCUGGCUGAACGACAAGAAUGCAGUGGCCGUAUUCAAUGAUCCAGCUAGAGCAGCAACGGCGCUGAGGCGGUUAGACUAUGGCUCUGCUUACCAGGGCGCUGCAAUGUUUUUGCCAAGCAGCGCUCAGGCACCUUCGUCAGGCAAUGUGUGGGUUGCAGGCCAGAAAGAUGGAGUGCUCGCUGCUAAGAGCAGUGGCAAUCCAUGGAAGAAGGCCACUGCUUCUGAGCCUGACCGGUCCUCUGGAGACUGGACUGGUGUGGCUGGCCAUGCUCCGGCGCCAGGGUGGAGAGGUGCCAAUGCUGCCGCUCAAGUGAUGGGGACUCCGAACCGAUGGAAUGUCCUGGAGUCUGAUGCUGUCACGAGCUCUGGUCCAGGUGACAAGCGGAGGCCUGCUCCUUGCGCCGAUGCUGGACACAGCGCAGUACCAAAUGCUGGGAACGCUGGGCCAUCAGUGAGCAAGCUGCAGCCGGACGUCGUGGUGGAUGACUGGGAAGAAGCUUGCGAAUGAGGAGGCAUCAGGAAGUUUGGUCCAGACGGUUCUACCCUUAUUGGAUAUGUUUUCUUUUUUUUUUUUGGGGCCCAAUUUGCUUCGCUAGUACGAUGCUAUUUUAAAGUAGUUCUCGAUAGCCUGGUGACUGUUCAGUCGAAAGCGCUGAUCUUGUCAUUUGGGCGAAUCCCUGUAAGGCUGCUGCUUAUUUUGCAGACCUUCUUUGAACUGAGAAGAAAUGCCUUGUCAUAAGGUUUCUA